AUGGCUGGUAAAGCAGAUUUGGUCCAGCAAAUCAAGAACAUGCAGCGGGCCGAUCCCAACUUCAGGCAAACUUGGUGGGAUUUCUGCGAGGCACAGCUUGGCGGCGUCCGGGAUCCCAACCGGCACGACGAAAGCAUUUUAGGUACAUUCCUGGAGCAGUACAAUAGCGGUGCCAUUGCCCCAUCCCCUUAUCGUGCUGAGGAGGAGUGGUGGAACAAAGGCAAAGGCAAGGGUGGUAUGAAGGGUGCCAUGUCUUACAACAUGAUGCCACCUCCCUCAGCCUGGGGCAUGACAGGCGGAGGCGGGGGAGUCGCAGGCUUGCCGGACUUUGUCAAGACGGGUCAGCGAGCGUCUUAUCAUUGGAAGAAUGCUUGGACCAUCUACUGCGCACUGUACGGUGCUGGCAAGAACGACCCAGCAAAGCAUGAUGAGAUUUUCAACAAAGGCUUCAUUGACUACGUUGGUGAGCUAGCAGCCAAUGGCUUAUCCUCCAUAGCAAGCUCGCAAGGCAUCAACCUGGACGAGAUAACUGCUCAGACAAAUGGAAAGGGCAGGGCUCCGCUCAGCACGGAGCCAGCUCCAAAAAGAUUCCGUUUUGAGGAAGCUGAUACCGCAAAGCUUGAACUAGUAGAGAAAGUCAAGAAUUUGCAGAGGUCCAAUCCUCAAGCCAAAGAGGCUUGGUGGGCUUAUUGCGAUGGACAGUGUGGUGGCAUGCGGGACCCUAUGCGCCAUGAUGCUCCUUCACUGCAGACUUUCCUCACAAGUCAAGGGACGUUCUGA